UGUUGCUAGUAACAAUCCUCGUAGUGGAAGGGAUUGCUGUUGCACAGAAGACACAAGGUGGGCAAAACAUUGGAGUGAAUCGCAUUCCUCCCACCCAGUGCGACAACUGGGUACGGACCAGUAACGGAGGACAUUUUGCUUCACCAAACUACCCCAACACGUACCCACCAAAUCAGGAGUGCAUCUAUAUCUUAGAAGCUGCUCCACGGCAAAGAAUCGAGUUGACCUUUGAUGAACCUUAUUACAUAGAACCCUCAUUUGAAUGUCGGUUUGAUCACCUGGAGGUUCGAGAUGGACCUUUUGGUUUCUCCCCUCUCAUUAAUCGUUACUGUGGUCUGAAAAGUCCUGCACUAAUUAGAUCAACAGGGAGAUUUAUGUGGAUCAAGUUUACUUCUGAUGAGGAGCUGGAAGGAAAGGGAUUCCAAGCAAAGUACUCAUUUAUCCCAGAUCCUGACUUCACUUACCUAGGAGGCAUUUUAAAUCCCAUCCCAGACUGCCAGUUUGAGCUCUCAGGAGCUGAUGGAAUAGUACGUUCCAGUCAAGUAGAACAAGAAGGGAAAACAAAACCAGGACAAGCAGUUGACUGUAUCUGGACAAUUAAAGCUACUCCAAAUGCUAAGAUUUACAUGCGAUUCCUCGACUACCAAAUGGAGCAUUCCAACGAGUGCAAGAGAAACUUCGUGGCAGUGUACGAUGGCAGCAGCUCCAUUGAGAACCUGAAGGCCAAGUUCUGCAGCACCGUGGCCAACGACGUGAUGCUGCAGACAGGCACUGGGGUGGUGAGGAUGUGGGCAGACGAGGGCAGCAGGCUCAGCAGGUUCAGAAUGCUCUUCACCUCCUUUGUGGAUCCUCCCUGCUCAGGCAACACUUACUUCUGCCAUAGCAACAUGUGCAUCAAUAAUUCUUUAGUCUGCAAUGGCAUUCAGAACUGUGCAUACCCUUGGGAUGAGAACCACUGCAGAGAAAAGAAAAGAAAUGGAUUGUUUGAACAAAUCACCAGAACUCAUGGGACAAUCAUUGGCAUCACAUCAGGGAUAGUUUUAGUUCUUCUCAUCAUCUCAAUUCUAGUGCAAGUAAAGCAACCUCGCAAAAAGGUUAUGGCUUGCAAGUCUGCCUUCAACAAAACUGGCUUCCAGGAAGUGUUUGAUCCUCCACACUACGAACUGUUCUCACUGAGGGACAAAGAAAUCUCUGCAGAUUUGGCAGAUCUAUCAGAAGAACUUGAAAACUACCAGAAAAUGCGACGCCCUUCCACAGCUUCUAGAUGCAUUCACGACCACCACUGUGGCUCCCAGGCCUCUAACGUCAAACAGAGCAGGACAAACCUCAGCUCCAUGGAACUGCCUUUCCGCAACGACUUCGCGCAGCCGCAGCCCAUGAAAACCUUCAACAGCACCUUCAAGAAAAGUACUUACACUUUCAAACAAGGCCACGACUGCCCUGAGCAAGUCAUAGAAGACAGGGUGAUGGAGGAGAUUCCAUGUGAAAUUUACGUUCGAGGAAGGGAAGAUCCAGCACAAGGUUCCUUAUCUAUGGACUUUUAGUUUCCUGGUGAAGAUGGUGUUGGUGUAUAUAGGAGAUGCUUGUGUACAAUGACAGUGUAUAUAUUCCAAGUGUACUAUAUGCAGCGUGUGAUAGCCACACACUUUUAGCUUAUUAUACUUCAUUAAAAAAAAUCCCAACAGUCUUCAUAACUAAUUCUUGCUGAAAAAUGGUGGAUUUCCUCCCAUCUUCCCAAACUACCUAUCUAGUGGAGGAGUGAGACAGAGACUUUGCAUGGAGAUUAUGAGAUAGGAUAUUGGAAGAAAAAAACCCUACAGCUACUAAUCACCGAACACUGAAAACAGUAACUACUAUUCUCUUCCUCACACCAUUUUCUCUUCUUUAGACGUCUGCUUUUCAAGACAGUUUUAAUACCUCACUUGCAUAAAUAAAAGUAGUUAAGUGCA